AUGUCUUCGUCUCUACCACUGCCCUCUUUGCCUCCAAGCCCCCUGGCCAUGGAGUAUCUCAACGACUUCGACCUGCUAAAGUUUGAAGUGAAGCCUGACACCCCUCCACCUCCUCCAACCUGCCUAUACCCCAAACCAGGCGUCCAUCAAGAGACGACCGGUUCUCCGUAUGCUCCUCGCCCUCCUCCUGACUCCAGCCUCAGCUCCAGUCCCUACACCUCCCUUCCUCCGUCACCCACGCUCAGUGACGGACACCCGCCGCCAUCUGCAUCCUCCUCUUCCUCCUCUCUCUCGUUCCCGCUGUCCAUCUCCACCGGGUACAUGUCAGGCCAGAGCUCCGGCUCUCAAGGAAACCUGGACGGGAGCCCAGUGGCUGGAGGCCCCACGCCGUGUUCAAACCCCACCUCCUUGGAGGACCUGCUCUGGUUGGCUGCACUGCAGCAGCAGUUCGGUGGGGAGCCCGGAGGUACCGCGUCUCUGCUGGGAGCUCUUGGAGGAGUGCCGGAUCGAGGGGACCGGGAUCGAGGGGGGUUUCUGGGAUGUGAGGAUGCAGUGGAGGCCCUGCUGAACUCUGCUGCAGCCGCUGUAACUUCACAGUUCCCAGUUUUGUCCCAGAGUUCGAGCAGCAGUCACAUGGGUGACUCCAGCAGUGACAGCGGUGUUGAUGUUGUUCUUAACAAGCCGUCAGACAUGUGUCACCGGCCUAUACUGGUAGUUUCUUCCACCCCUCCAUCUCUCUCCAGUCUCAACACAUCCACCAGUCCCUUCUCACAACCCCUCAGUCCACAGAGCCGACUCCAUCACCCGCACCAUCCAAUGCAAGGCCAUUAUCAUCAUCAUCAUCAUCACCAUCAUCUGCAAGUCACUCAGUGUGGGAUGGAUGAGCGUUUUUCCGAUGAGCAGUUGGUAAGUCUGUCAGUGCGAGAGCUGAACAGACAUUUGCGUGGGGUCAGCAAAGAUGAGGUGGUCCGUUUGAAACAGAAAAGACGGACGCUGAAGAACCGCGGUUACGCGCAGUCCUGCCGUUACAAACGACUCCAGCACCGGCACGCGCUCGAGUCCGAGAAACACGUUCUCACACAGCAGCUGGAGCAGCUGCAGUGUGAGCUUUCUCGCGUGUUGAGAGAGCGAGACACAUACAAAGCUCGUUACGAGAAGCUCAUCAGUUCAAACGAGACUCAGCCUUCCCAUCCCAACACCAACACCUCGCCUUCUCCUACUCCUCCGGAUUACUUUUUGUGA